AUGCCCACAGUCCUUGUCACCGGUGCCUCAGGCUAUAUUGCUGCCCAUAUUGUCAGUCAGCUACUCGAAAAGGAGUACACCGUCAUCGGCACUGUUAGGUCUGAAGAGAAGGCCGAAUUCUUUCUCAAGAAGUUUUCAGAUUCCGAUCUGAGUUUCGAGAUUGUUGCUGACAUUGCAGAGGCAGCUUCUUUUGAUGCCACGUUUAAGGCGCACCCCGAGAUUGAAUUUGUGAUCCAUAGUGCAGCUGUUCUUCCAAGAGGCGUGCCUAAAGAAGAUUUCUACAAGCAGUAUGUAGAGACUUCUAUUGCAGGAACCACCAACAUUCUCAAGGCCAUAGAGAAAUAUGGCCCCAAAGUCAAGCAUGUGGUUCUCACGUCUUCUGGAGCAUCCAUUGCCGACUUCAGAUUAUUGUCGGACCCUGAUCUGUUUUUGACGGAAGAGACAUGGAACGAGAUGACUUGGGACCAGGUCGGAGAUUAUGAACUGUUGGCUUAUGCAUACUCAAAGGCUGAAGCUGAAAGAGCUGCACUGAAAUUUGUUGAGAGACCAGAGAUCAAAUUCACCUUUACAUCGGUUUGUCCGUUCCAUGUUAUUGGACCACAGAAGUUCGUUGAAUUGGAAGGAAACCCAUCCAGCGAGGUGCAGCAUGUCAUCAGUCUCGUUGAAACUCCUGCAGAUAAUCCCGGUCCCUUUGAUGCCUGGGGAGUUGCUAUUGAUGUCAGAGACGUAGCAAAAGCACACGUGUUGAGUGUUGAAAACUACGUUAAGUUCAAGGGAGCGAGACUGGCUCUGGGCCGGACUGAGUUUUCAUCCCAGAUUUUCCUCGAUUUCAUCAACAAGAAUUUUCCCGAGCUUGUAGGAAAAAUCCCAGUUGGAAAUUCGGCAGACCAUGCUGCAACCUUGGAGGCAAAGCAUGUUGCCCAUGAUUUCACGAAGACCGCCGAGAUUAUGGGCAUUGACUUCAUUCCUCUUGAGAAGUCGGUCGUUGACGGAGUCAGACAGUAUCUCGAGUACAAGGAUCUUAAGAAAUGA